AUGCACGCCGGGCGGGCCCCACCACGGCCCCACCACCGACCCUCGGCCACGCUCGGCCGCCACAUCGCCCGCCGCCUCGUCCAGAUCGGCGCCACCGACGUCUUCUCCGUCCCCGGCGACUUCAACCUCACCCUCCUCGACCACCUCAUCGCCGAGCCCGGCCUCACCAACGUCGGCUGCUGCAACGAGCUCAACGCCGGCUACGCGGCCGACGGAUACGCCCGCGCGCGCGGCGUCGGCGCAUGCGUCGUCACGUUCACGGUGGGCGGCCUCAGCGUGAUCAACGCCAUCGCCGGCGCAUACAGCGAGAAUCUCCCCGUGAUCUGCAUCGUCGGUGGCCCCAACACCAAUGACUACGGCACCAACCGCAUCCUCCACCACACCAUCGGAUUGCCCGAUUUCAGCCAAGAGCUUAAGUGUUUCAAAACAGUCACGUGUUAUCAGUUGUGA